AGAAAAAAAAUAUUCCGGUAAUUUAACAAAAACUUCUUUUUGCUAGAAAAGAAAAAUAUAACUACUUUAAACUAGGGGAAAAAGAACAAUCAUUAAUAUGAAUAUUAUAUAAAGCCAGAGAGCCGGGGGGUUGGGUGUUGUGGCCAGUGCACACAGUACGGUUAAAGAACACAAUGGCGGAUAGGGUAGCAGAGUACUGAAGUAACAGAUCAGAGAAGUCUCAUUUACUCAUCUGCUUGUCACUGAUUCUUCACAUAUUUCACCAUCUUUUCUCAAAUUUUGCUUCCACCGCCACCCCAGCAGCUAGACUGAAAGAUGGAAACUAACUCAGUUUCCAAGCUUUUAACCUUCUUCUUGAUGGUCUUAUUAAUGGGUUCUAAGCUGGUCCAAUGUACUGUAACCUAUGAUAAGAAAGCCAUUAUCAUCAAUGGUCAAAGGAGAAUCCUUAUCUCCGGGUCCAUUCACUAUCCCAGAAGCACACCUGAGAUGUGGGAAGAUCUUAUACAGAAGGCAAAAGAUGGUGGCUUAGAUGUUAUCGACACUUAUGUUUUCUGGGAUGUUCAUGAGACUUCUCCUGGCAAUUAUAAUUUUGAUGGAAGAUAUGACCUGGUACGGUUUAUUAAGACAGUCCAGAAAGUGGGGCUAUAUGCUCAUCUGCGCAUUGGACCUUAUGUUUGUGCAGAAUGGAAUUUCGGGGGAUUUCCUGUUUGGUUGAAGUAUGUUCCUGGUAUCAGCUUCAGAACAGAUAAUGAGCCUUUCAAGGCGGCAAUGCAGGGGUUCACCCAAAAAAUUGUGCAGAUGAUGAAAAAUGAAAAUCUAUUUGCAUCACAAGGUGGUCCUAUCAUCCUCUCUCAGAUUGAAAAUGAGUAUGGCCCAGAGAGUAGAGCUCUUGGGGCUGCUGGUCGUUCCUAUAUAAAUUGGGCAGCAAAGAUGGCAGUUGGACUGGAUACCGGAGUUCCAUGGGUUAUGUGCAAGGAAGAUGAUGCCCCAGACCCUAUGAUUAAUACAUGUAAUGGUUUUUACUGUGAUGCCUUCGCUCCCAACAAACCUUACAAACCGACAUUGUGGACUGAGGCGUGGAGUGGCUGGUUUACUGAAUUUGGGGGUCCCAUUCAUCAGCGACCAGUUGAAGAUUUGGCAUUUGCAGUUGCGCGUUUCAUACAAAAGGGCGGCUCAUAUUUUAACUACUACAUGUAUCAUGGAGGAACAAAUUUUGGACGCUCUGCUGGAGGCCCAUUCAUUACAACCAGUUAUGACUAUGAUGCUCCAAUAGAUGAAUAUGGUUUGAUCAGGGAACCUAAAUAUGGUCAUCUGAAAGCGCUUCACAAAGCUAUAAAGUUAUGUGAACAUGCUUUAGUUUCUUCAGAUCCCAGCAUAACAUCAUUAGGAACCUACCAACAGGCUCACGUAUUUUCUUCUGGACGAAGCUGUGCAGCUUUUCUUGCCAAUUACAAUGCAAAAUCUGCUGCUAGGGUGAUGUUCAACAACAUGCACUAUGAUUUGCCACCUUGGUCCAUUAGCAUACUUCCUGAUUGCAGGAAUGUGGUAUUUAACACUGCAAGGGUUGGAGCUCAAACAUUACGUAUGCAGAUGUUGCCAACUGGUUCUGAAUUGUUCUCUUGGGAGACCUAUGAUGAAGAGAUUUCUUCGCUAACAGAUAGUUCAAGGAUAACAGCUCUUGGACUUUUGGAGCAGAUAAAUGUCACUAGAGAUACCAGUGACUAUCUAUGGUAUUUGACCAGUGUCGACAUUAGCCCCUCAGAAGCAUUUCUUCGAAAUGGGCAAAAGCCCAGUCUCACUGUGCAGUCAGCAGGCCAUGGUCUUCAUGUCUUCAUCAAUGGGCAGUUUUCGGGAUCAGCCUUUGGGACCAGAGAGAACAGGCAACUUACCUUUACAGGACCAGUCAACCUACGCGCUGGAACAAAUAGAAUUGCACUACUUAGCAUAGCUGUUGGAUUACCGAAUGUCGGCUUGCACUACGAGACAUGGAAAACCGGUGUACAAGGUCCAGUAUUACUAAAUGGCCUUAACCAGGGAAAGAAAGACUUAACAUGGCAGAAAUGGUCCUACCAGGUAGGUCUAAAAGGAGAAGCAAUGAAUCUGGUUUCUCCAAAUGGAGUCUCAUCUGUUGAUUGGAUCGAAGGGUCCCUAGCGUCCAGCCAAGGGCAGGCCUUGAAGUGGCAUAAGGCUUAUUUUGAUGCACCUAGAGGAAACGAACCAUUAGCUUUGGACAUGCGCAGCAUGGGAAAGGGUCAGGUGUGGAUCAAUGGGCAGAGUAUUGGAAGAUACUGGAUGGCUUAUGCAAAGGGUGAUUGCAACAGUUGUAGUUAUAUUUGGACAUUCCGGCCUUCAAAGUGCCAACUUGGUUGUGGCGAACCAACACAAAGAUGGUAUCAUGUUCCAAGGUCCUGGUUAAAGCCAACAAAAAACUUGCUGGUUGUUUUUGAAGAGCUUGGUGGGGAUGCAUCAAAGAUAUCGCUUGUCAAGAGGUCAAUCGAAGGUGUUUGUGCUGAUGCCUAUGAGCACCACCCAGCCACUAAGAAUUAUAAUACAGGGGGCAAUGAUGAAUCAUCAAAACUUCACCAGGCUAAGAUUCACCUGCGGUGUGCCCCAGGGCAAUUCAUAGCAGCUAUAAAAUUUGCAAGUUUUGGUACUCCUUCUGGAACUUGUGGAAGUUUUCAGCAAGGAACUUGUCAUGCACCGAACACUCAUUCUGUUAUAGAAAAGAAAUGUAUUGGGCAAGAGAGCUGUAUGGUUACCAUAUCCAACAGUAACUUUGGUGCUGAUCCAUGUCCAAAUGUAUUGAAGAAGCUAUCGGUUGAAGCUGUUUGUUCCACAGGGACCACAACUAGUUAAUGCAAGGGAACAGACACUGAAAGAAGUUCCAGAUUUCCAAAUUAAAUAUGAUUACUAAUACACUGCAUGGAGCUACGAGGGAAGAAAAUAAAAGUUCAAAAUGCAAAGUUCAAACCAGAUCCCCCAAUGUUUGGUCAUAAUUAUCUACAAUGUAUAGCUAAUGUCUAGGUUGUAGUAUUUAAGCUUUUUGGAUGGAUGAUGUGAUUUUGUAAAGCAAUUGAUUAUUUAUAGGCAAGUACUAUUUCACUGGCCAUUACCCUAAAGAUGGGAGGCAAAAUUUAUUUUGAGCAGUAAUGGAAUCAGAUUUAUUGGGGUGA